AUGCGUCGAGGCAAGCGCCGUGUUCACAUCGUUGACGCCGACGGGAAAGCUCAAGGGGAGAUAUCAUCAGCAGAGAGUUCGUCUCAAUCAACGACCAACCCGGCUCCUAACUACCGGCCGUCGCAAUCGGCGGCGGGCGGUCGGCCAGCGGCGCCGAGAUCUUCGUCUCAUGUUCGGACGUCAGCUGGCAACAUGAAAGGAAAGGCCCCGUCAAGAUAUCGCACCCACAGAAAGCCGCAGAGGUUCGGCGCCAACAGGAGCGAUGUCUCUCCCGACGAAGGACCAUCGACUCGUCCGUACUCUACACACUCGAUGCCACCUCAGCAUACGAGAAGCGCGAACCCUUUCAUGGAGGGUACCAGGCGUAGUUAUGACUAUGAAGCACCGUCAAAGUACUCACUACAAACACGGCCCCAAUCGAUGUACAGCGCCGUGCCGGAGUUGGUUCCGUAUGUUGGGUACAGCAGCCCCUACGGGCCAGGAUCGUACACGAUGCCGCAACAUAUGGCACAAUAUCUGUACUCACAACCACCACCGCCGGCACCACCGCCGGAAGAGGUGGCACCGCCCAAGACCCCUGCUCCUCCACUAGAGAGAUCGCCACCUCCGCCGCCGUCGCAGAAGCGAGCCGAAGAAGGUGUUGAGAUCACGAAUCUUCGCAAACAGUUGGAGCUGUUCAAGCAGGAGCAAAAGAAGAGGGAAGACCUUGAGAAGCAGAAGGAGUUGGAGGACAAAAUCAGGAAAGACGCGGAAGAAAAGAUGGCUAAGAUAAUGGAAGAGAUGAGGCUUGCCCAAGAACAGACAAAGAUGGAAAUCGAGAAAGCGAGGAUCGAGGCAACCAUGGCGGCCCGACAGGCCGUCGAAGCCGAAAGAAAGGCGGAGGAAGAUCGGCGUCGCCUUGAAGAAGAGGAAGCUGAAAGAUGUCGAAGAAUAGCCGAAGAAAAGAUCGCAGCGGAGGUGCGAGCGGAGGCCGAGAGGGUUCGUCUUGAGAAAGAGGAGGCCGAUCGCUUGUCGAGGGAGAUGCAAGCCAAGGUCGAGCAGCAGCAAGAGGAGCGCCGGAGACUUCAACAACAGGAGAAAGAAGAUCUUGAAAGGCUCCGUCAGGAGAUCAUCGAGCAAGUUCGAGCCGAAAUCCUAGAACGAGAAAGACGAUACUUGAGUUCGUCAUCAGGGUCAAGGUCUUUCAGCUCACGGUCGUCACGGAGCAGUAACAGCUACAUGAGCUUGAGCUCUACGAGUGAAGGUGGAUCCAACGACUCAAAUAGUCCAAAACGCAGAUCUCGAAAGUCAAGCUUAGGCAGGGCAGCGAAAGUGCCUAGUGUCAAGGCUUCUUCCUUGAAGGUUGCGGAGGCCAAAACUCCAGCAUCUGUUCUUAAGGAAGAUGCAUCGACUUCGCCCCCCGAUCCCUUCGUCUACUUGGUCGGCACAUCGCCCCCACCACCCGAGACUGAAGAGGACACCCAAACGCAGCCGUAUUCGUCAUGGGAGCAGACCCCGUACACAAUGGGAUGGCACUAUCAGCCGUAUGCAACGCGGAGUGAGAAUCAAGACUCUGUGUACCAAAACAACUCCAACAUCAACCAGGGAGGCGUCCCUGGCGAGCAGGAGCUUGACACUUUACGAAACGUGGAGCAGCUCACGGUGGAACAGGUUCGCGACUGGGACCGCGAGGUCGAGGGCCGCGAACAGAAGAUCCGCCAGUUCCUUGUUUAUCUCGAGAACAACAAAGCCAUUAUAUCACCCGAGGAGAAGGCCAAGAUGGAGAGCCAGGCUGACCAGCUUUUGAAACCCAUGGUGAAGAUGCGCAGCGGCUUCAAGGAGACUAUUAAGAGUCUCGAGAUGAUCAUGUCCAACAGCCACGACCAGGAAGGGAAGGAGUAA